CUUACUUACAAUUAACCACAUUUUCCAGUGCCACCUUCACAUUACUGGACUUCCCAUGCUUAUGGGGGAGGGCAGAUGAGUUUCUGAAAGCAGAGUGCAUGGCAUAAAUUCCUAGGACAUGAUGUCACACGUUAUUUCUGAUUAUGACCACCACACACCUCCCACUAUGUUCUUAGAGCAUAUUGGCCUUAUAUACAGUAACUGAAGAGGCUCCCUUUCUGUUAGCUUUUAGGGAGACAGGAGCAGCAAUUUGGUUCUAGAACUGUGAGAGUAAAGCUGCCCCAGACACAGCCAGGUAUAAAAAUAGACUAAGGCUGCUGCCAUCUGCUAGACACCCGACACUUCUGUAAGUUUGGAUUUCUACUUUCCUGGGAUAGCAGCACCCAUAACCAUGCCUUUCUCCCCUAACUCAAACUGAACCUAAAAUCUGUGGGGGGCAAACUUGAUAAUUUCCCCCUUGGAGCUAACUGACUUCACCUUCAGUAAAAUAAGGAACAAUGAGAACUUGACCCUGGACUCUGUUCUCUAACAUUUGGCAAACAGGAAGAAUCUAACAAGUCUAGCAAUACAUUUAAAGCAUCAAGAGAAACAAAAAUUACUUACAGAGGUGUUGACUAUAGAGAUGCUUCGAUACAAAAAGCACAAGAAGAUUCUCGAUGGACAAGGAGCAAGUAGUGUGGGUGUUAUGGAUGAUACAGACAGGGAAGUGAGCUGCUUCACAGACCGUGCCUUUCGAAGCUUGUGUGUUGCAGAAGAAGAGCAAUAUAAUGAUGUCCCCCACCUUCCAUCUCCCAUUAGGGGGAAUCCACUUUCUAAUAAAUAUCACUUGGGAAUAUUUAACCUUUCAGUCAGGAAGACUCAGCCACUUGCUCAGUUACCCAAAAUUUCAGGUCAUCGUGGGAAGUGGGCACCAACAUUCCAACCACUACUCAACUGCAGGAGAGACGGGAUGUUCAGUGUAAAGGUCAACACCAAUAAAUUAUGUGCACCUGAACCAAGGGGAUACAAGCAACGCUCCAAAGUAUCAUCCUUAAUGAAAACUUUUGACAACACUGAGAAUGAAAGACCAGAAGAUUCACAUAUACAGUCAAAGCUGCCAUUGAAAAAAAGCUCCCAGACAGCACUGCUCAGUGCUGAAGGUGAAUUCUGUGACACCAAUCUGCAGGACGAAAUCAAGACUGAGCAGAUAGAGCCUUUCAAACAGGAGGAAAUUGCAACUCAUGACAGUCCCAAAUUACAGCGGCGCACAGCUAGGGAUGUAUUUUUAGAGUCUCAGGCAGAUAAACAUUCACGAUCGCCAUGUUCUUUGGAAUCUCCAUGUCUAGAUACACCCAAAAAGAUGCUGAAGGAGCCUUCAAGGAAGACAAGUUUUCUUCACAGCAAGAACAGUGUUUUCAAGUCAUGGAGUGACAUCCACAAAAAGGUAGGUUUAGGUGAAGAAAGUGAUGGCUCACUUCCUGGAACACCACCAGUUUAUAGAUCUGCAUCCUCCAGCUCUCCUUUAUUAUCCCGAAUGAUACCAGGGAUACGGGCAAGAGAGGCUGGAGCAGAGUUUGGCUGGACUUCACCUGCAUCUACAGCAUCCAGUAGCUAUGAUGCAGUACAAAUGUUAAGGGCUGUUCCUCCAUUACCCAGCAAAAGAGCAGGGAAGCAAGGUAGAGAAUAUAAAAACAGGCUUGGAACCCAAAAAGUUCAGCAAGGCCAUAGGAAUCAAGAAGAGGGGAUGCAAAUAGAUGUGGGAUGCCCAUUUUCAAAAGAACAAGUACGCUGGACUGAUGCCUCUAACAUCAAUAAAUUGAAAUCACCUUUAGAAUCUACACAAGAUCCAGUAAUAUGUAAGAGCCUAGACACUGUGACAAAUGUAAAACCACCUCUUAUUGAACAAAAUGAGGUUAAGGCAAUAGAUGGUUCCUCACAAUUGACAAGGGAACCAGAAAGGAAAGAUAAAGCAUCAAAUAGUUCAGUACUCUCUGAACAUAUACCCUCUCCAGGAAGAAUAAAAAAUCUAAUACAACAAAUAGAAAGGGAAACAGUUGAAAAAGCAAUGGGAUCACCAAAUUUAUCAGAGCAAAGACACAAGCUAAAAGAUUUACAGAAAGUUGAAGAGUCUUUACAUUCAACAUCAUUUACAGUUACUCCAGACUCUAAUCCUCUUCCCCAAGGUGUCAGUUUAGUUCCACCAUGGAGAAGAAAAAAAACCAUACAGAAUUUAGAAUCUGAGAAAUCUAUUAUGCCGGCAGAUUUGGAUAUAAAAGAUGCUUCUACAUCAUCUUAUGAGCUCACAGUUGAAACUAAAGAAGAAUUAUCACAAGAAAAGCCAACAAGCUCAUUUUUCAACAUCACCAAUCUUUUAACUCCUGUCAUAACAAGAAAAAACAUUCAGGAAGCUCUAGAGGAACAACCAAUGGCAAUAACACCUCCACCAGCUGAGGUCUUAGUGUCCAAAGAACGAGAUCCAAAAGAUGUCAGUAUGUACCGGAACAGAGAUGAUUACAAAUCUAAAGCAACAGGUCUGUUAUUCAAUCUAAAGGAUAUGCGUAAACGAGUGAAGAGCACAUACAGUCCAGCCCCACCAGUAAGACAUUGGAAAGAAAAUAGUAUUAUUGCCAAUGCCAGGAUACAGGAGAAUGCAAACUUUAGCAUUCCUGAUGUCAGUAUUGAUAAAGUUAAACAGAAAGAAAUGCCAACUGUUAAGCCUUCUUUGAGGAAGUCAAGACAAAUGGAAAAUGAGCACAAAGUUGAUAUACCGGGAAAUGCAGCAGAUAAUUAUUUGUCUUUGAGUUCUCCAGAAAUGGUCAAAGACGGUGCAUUCCGUGACAAGACUGAGGCCAUUCCAGAAGAAAUUUCUGGGUCAGACAUAAGCCAUCAACGAGAACAGAAUUUAAUAAAUACUAAAGAUUGUUUACCAAAUUUCAAUCACAAAACUGACAUAGGUGUCAACAAAAAUGUUACUGACAAAAAUCAUCUUAUGGUUCAGUCAACAGAAGAGACAAUUUUGCAGUUAGAAACCAUUUCAGAGACAUUAAAUACAGGCAACAAUUUUGGCGAAUCUCUGGGGGUUCCAGAUGUACAUGAAAAUGCUGUAUUAGAUCAAAAUAAUACAGCUAAUUCAUUUAGCCAAGGUUUGUCCCAUACACUGCAACAAAUGGAUAGACCCUUUGAAAAUAAAGAUAAGGAACAACUAAAGAAAAGCAAAGCUGUGACAAAAGAUGAGCUGCAAUAUUAUGCUGUAAAUAGCUGUGUUGAUGACAGUGCUAAUCUGGAGACUCAUAUUGCAAAUAAUGGAGAUGAGAAAGCAAUGGCAAGUGAGAGACUGUUUAAUGAAAAAGCAUGUGAUGAUGAGCAUCAAAAACCAGAACCCAGCACAAUGUUCAAACCAAAUUUGUUUCGCAUAAAAGACAACAAAGUUGUUCACAAGUCUUCUCCAGUGACAAGGUCAGUGAGGCUGCCUCUUCUAAGGAGCCUUUCAGAAGAUUCACUAGCUUUUAGGAAAGCAGAUGCUCUCAUAAAUCCUGAUAACAGAGGACUGCUAAGAGAAGAAGAAGAAAAUGAUAGAUAUUUAAAGGACAGUAAAGAUGAUGAAAAUACUGAUAUAAAUUCUAAAGGAAUAGUACGAGAGUUGGUGUGUAUACGUCCAGCAUCAGAGAUCCCUAAGCAAAAAAAUGUUGACAAUAACUUUGUGAAAACACAUAAGGGGGAUGCUGGAACUCUAGAACUGUGGAAAAAGUUCUGCUCUAUUGGUUCUGAGUGGAGAAAAAACAAAACAGAGAAGUCUGAGUUAAGCAAAUUAGAGAAUAGCUCAUUAAACAUAGGCUUUCCUGAGCCUGAAGGGCACUUUUUUCAUCCAGUUGAAACAUGUGUUUCUGAAGUCACAGGGCCAUCGCCUGAAUGCAAUACAUUGGUGUUACAAAAUGUAAACAAUUCAAUUAAAGAUAUAGUAAAUGGAGAGGCUGCUAAUUCUCCUCCAACAGACAAUGCACUAUAUUGUCCCCUUGAAAAUGGCCUACUGCAAUUUGAAGAUGCAGUAGCAUUUACAGAGGACAUUGUUUGUUCUACUAUAACCAGUCCUAUGUCAGAAAGUGUGACAUGUUCCAUGGUGGCCAGCCCCAUGUCUGUGAAUACUCAAAGUUCUGGCUUUACCACAGCACUUUCUAGGCUGGAAGAUGUUCCAAGCCCAACAACAGCAAGUGUAAACACCAAACAUGGGACAAUGCCAUUAAUUCCCCCUGAGAAACCAAUUUCUGCUCUUCAUGGGUUUAUGGAGACACAAACAGCAGAUAAUUCCAUAAAUCAGCAAGAAAAAGUUCCUAUUGUAGAACCACAACAUAUAAAGGCUAUUCAUGCAGAACCACAAAACCUUAAUAGUGCAAAGCCACCUGCUGUGCCCCCCAAAACCGAAAAAGCUCUACGACGUGCCAAACGUCUAACCAAAAAGAGAAGGAAAACUGAGUUGCCCCAUAAAAUGCAGGAUGUAGAAUAUCACGAGGCAGAAUUCGUGUUAGAUGUGCCAUCACCAGGGAAUGUUACACCUACAUUAAUGACUCAACCAUUACACACAAAACCUGGUUCCUGUAUAUCUAGUAUGCUGGAAGAAGAAGGAUCUGUAUCUCCAUCUUCAACACCUUCUUUGCCAGUAACCCAGCGCAAACUCCUCCAGGAUCCAGAUUCUGGGCAAUACUUUAUAGUGGACAUUCCAGUUCACAUUCGAAUCAAGACUUUUUAUGAUCCAGAAACAGGAAAAUAUUUGCAGGUGCCUUUACCAACCUCAGAGAUGGAAACUCCAAGUUUUGAGGUAUUGAGCAGUCCAUUCAUGAUGUAUCCUGGGCUUCCACCAGUGCCAGAGGCAUCUAUUUCCUUGCUGAAGCGAAAUUCACAGUCUUUAGAUCCAGUUAAUGUGGAAAAACAAGAACUAAGAGGUUCAUGGGAGGAGGGAGAGGAAGAAAACUCAUUAAAGGGGCAAAAAUACAUUGAAUCAGUUUGUUAUUCAUGUGACCAGAGUAUGUCAGGAACACCACAGAGUAUGGAUAAGAUACCAAGCAGGUCUAGAAGUCCAGAUAUUAUAUCAAUGAAGGAUUUGGAUGAUUUUGCCAUAGAAGCUAUUUCUUGAGUGCUACUAUACUGUCACAAUUCUAGGCAAACCCUCAUGAACUGAGAAACACAUCACCUACACAAAGUAUAUACAAAGUAUAUAAUUUGAAGCUAAAGUACAGACAGUUUAUCACACAUGAGCUUGUUAUAUGCAGCAAAGGCUAUGACUAUCGCCAAGGACAUUGCAUAAAGAAGAAUAUACCUUUUUAAAAAAUGUAUUUUCAAUAAUACAAUAAGAAUUAUUACCUUAAAAGCCUGUCAAAAAUAAGUAAGAAGUCAGACAUAAAUUCUAUUGCUAUGCUUCAUAUAAUAUGCUUCUCAUGUUAUGACAUAGAAAUUACAUUAACAAAGAUCAUUUUCAAGAAUGUAUUUGCUGAAUGGAAUUUUAAAAGGUUAUGAUUCCCUGAUCUCAUGCACCUAUAUGCACAAUGUCUGAUUAUCACAAAACAAAUAUUUACAUUUUUGUUUAGAGGAUAAUGUUAUUAUCUUUCCAUAUUAAUUCAAUAUGUACUAUCACAAUCUUUUCAUGUUUAUAAGCAAUGUUACCCAUAUCAACCAAGGUGCAAAGUUGGACAGGCAAAAUAGUUUAAUAUAUAAUAAUACGGUACUAUAUAUACUAUUUGUUAAAAUGUUUUUCUGUAAGAAAGAAGCAACAUAUAUUAUACUGUAGAUAUGUAGACCUGGCUUAGAAACUACCUCUCAAAUUUAGAAGCACUUUUCUACCAAACUGCAUCUAAAAUGAGGCUAAGUGAUUCAUUAUUAAUGAAUGAAUGAAUGAAUGAAGGUAUUAUUGUAAUAAUCCAAUGUCUAGUACAUUACAAAAUAUAAAUGUUGCCUCCAGGAGGUCACAAAAUAUAAUAGACUAGAUAUAUUUUAUUAAGGUAAAAACACUAUCUGACAGUUAUUUAUAAAUUUCCACCAAUCAAGAAAGAGAUUAUUUUAAUCGUCCAAUUCAUUGGGACAUUAUGGAAACGUUAAAUAAAAUGGUGAAUAUUUUUUUCUGCUGAUCAGAAAUAAUGACCAAAUUAAAAAGGAAUGAGUUUUUGAAAAUCUUAGCAUAUUUUAUGUGGUUGCUUGUAUCCAUGCUUUAAACGUAUUUUUUGACAGUUUACAGGGGGAUUUGGCCAAUUUCCAAUCUUUUGGGAUAUUGGCUGUCUAUAAAGACAUAUAGAACAGUUCCAGCUUACCAACAUAAAACCUCUGCAUUGUUGUAUUAUACUGAAAAGGGCAUGUAUAAAGUGAGUGACAGAGCUCUGGGCCCUCCUUUGGAAUCUGCUGUACAAGCUCAAGAUUGGAUUUGCUGCUUUCAUCAGGGAGGGAUCCAUUCAAUUUAAUUAAAUGCUGUAUCUAGUGGCCCUACCAAGUCAUACAAGUCUUGGCAAUUAAUAGUUAGAAGAAGCAAACUGAAGCAAAUAGUAGUGUGAACAGAUAGAAGGAAUUGGAAGUGAAAUUGGAAGGCAAGAAGGCAAUUUAUACAUGAUAGGACUUUUAUUGUGAGUGGGAUGAUUUAUCAUUAGGAUAAGUGUGAAAGAAUACCAAGAAAAAUAAAUGCACCUCUGUAAAACAGUAUUUUGUAACAUGCACAGUGUGAAUAGCCUUAUCCGUAACCUUAAACCAUAGUCAAGAAUAUGUUUUUUUUUCAUUUUUUCAUGCAUACUUAUUAAAUAAAAUGCUUUAGAAAUGUGACUCUUGACUGGGCCCACAUAUCUAUAAGCAGCAAUCUGUAUUACAGUAAGUUCUUCAUCAUUUAAGCAGCUUGGGGCAAAAAGGUUGCAGAUUUAGGUGGGAUAAUACCAAUUUCACUGUUAGCUAUAUAUCUAUAGCUCUACAGUCUAUUAGUAUUAAAGCCAUUGGCCAGUGAUUGCCUAUUAUGGGCAAAAGAGAUCGGUUCUCCUCUGUUUUCCAAGAGGUACUUGUCAGUGCAUGCCUGAAGGGUUCUAAUGAUAAAAUAGUAUCAAUAUACAGUAAACAAAGUAAAACGUACCACAGUUCUCUACCUGUUUGUUCCUUUUGGAGUUGGCUCUAUAGCUCUACAGUCUAUUAGUAUUAAAGCCAUUGGCCAGUGAUUGCCUAUUAUGGGCAAAAGAGAUCGGUUUUCCUCUGUUUCCCAAGAGGUACUUGUCAGUGCAUGCCUGAAGGGUUCUAAUGAUAAAUUAGUAUCAAUAUACAGUAAACAAAGUAAAACGUACCACAGUUCUCUACCUAUUUGUUCCUUUUGGAGUUGGCUUAAUGAAAAUGUUAUGAAUUGAGUAAAAUGUGUGAUUAUAAUCUAAUUUUGAUGACGUAAAAAUAAAGUGCCUUUACAGAUA